AUGUCUUCUGAGACUUCGAAAGAGGUGACAGUCAACAAAUGGGAUGUUGGUGCGCUAAAAAUAGCACUUGAUGAUGCAGCUAAAGAGUUAUUCAUGAAAAAGCAUGGUUUACUCGAGACACACAAACUUUUCGAUGGACGACUAAUAUUAUGUACGAUAUCUGUCCUAAUAGCUGGCUUCGGAGUCUUAUUCGAUUACUUGUACCCACAUCCUCAUUCCCGAGCAGUACUAAUAGUCUGUGUUACACUUUACUUCUUCCUGUCUGCUAUAAUUACACUGUAUGUAAUGUAUAUAGAGAAGAAUGUCUUCUUUACUGGACUGAAAGAAGAUAAGACGGGAUUAGAUCCAGCCGACUCAUGGACAGUAUGCUCAUAUAUGAACAACUUAACAGUAUGUGACGGCAUUACCAAAAAAGUCAAAACGCUCUCCGUCAAAAAGUCCGCUGCGGAGUUCUUCAACAUAAAAGGUGAACUACAAAGAAGUAUAUAUGAUGGGUUUUUGCAGAACUUGGUAUCUGACUUGUAUAGUGAAAAGAAAAGUAAUUAA